CUCACACAGGCAGACAGACUGCAGCAAGCUCAGCUCUACCCCAGCCCUUACACUGGCAGAAAAGUGCACUCUCUUCCCGAGUCUUUUUGCUUCUUAAGUUACUGGAUUCUGCAGUACAAGUCUUCAUGAACAAGCUGCACCGCUUAGAGAUUUCACGGCAUUCAAAGGUCACAGAACUGCCACUAUGGUUAAAUGUCUUGUUUAAUGGUUGAGAGGUGCGGGGAAAUCUCAUUUGAUAGUCCUGACCAGAAUGCCAAAUGUGUUCGCAUGCUAGGAGAUGCACGGGUGAGAGGUCAGACAGGGGUUCUCUCCGAGCGCCGCGGCUCCUACCCGUUUAUAGACUUCCGUCUUCUUAACAAUACUACACUCUCAGGGGAAAUUGGCACCAAGAAAAAAGUGAAAAGACUGUUAAGUUUCCAGAGGUAUUUCCACGCAUCCCGGUUACUGCGUGGAAUUGUACCACAAGCCUCUCUGUACCUACUGGAUGAGGACUACCUUGGGCAAGCAAGGCAUAUGCUAUCCAAAGUGGGAAUGUGGGAUUUUGACAUUUUCUUGUUUGACCGCUUGACAAACGGAAACAGUCUCGUAACACUGCUUUGUCACCUCUUCAAUGUGCAUGGACUUAUUCACCAUUUCCAGUUAGAUAUGGUUACAUUACACAGGUUUUUAGUUAUGGUUCAAGAAGAUUACCAUAGCCAAAACCCGUACCACAACGCUGUCCAUGCUGCUGAUGUCACACAAGCUAUGCACUGCUAUCUGAGGGAGCCCAAGCUUGCCAACUUCCUCACCCCAUCGGACAUUAUGCUUGGACUGCUAGCUGCUGCGGCUCAUGAUGUGGAUCAUCCGGGGGUCAACCAGCCCUUUCUGAUCAAAACUAAACACCACCUUGCCAGCCUGUACCAGAAUGUUUCAGUGCUAGAAAAUCAUCACUGGCGCUCUACAAUAGGCAUGCUUCGAGAGUCACGGCUCCUCGCCCAUCUGCCCAAGGAGGUGACACAGGACAUUGAGCAGCAGUUGGGCUCUCUGAUCUUGGCCACAGACAUCAACAGGCAGAAUGAGUUUUUGAUCCGUCUGAAAUCUCACCUUGACAAUCAGGAUUUGAGGCUGGAGGAUGCACAAGACAGACAUUUUAUGCUUCAGAUUGCACUCAAGUGCGCUGACAUUUGCAACCCUUGCCGGCUCUGGGAUCUGAGCAAACAGUGGAGCGAACGGGUCUGCGAAGAGUUUUACCGGCAAGGUGACCUGGAACAAAAGUUUGAACUGGAAAUAAGCCCCCUUUGUAAUCAGCAGAAGGAUACAAUACCAAGCAUACAGAUCGGGUUCAUGACGUACAUCGUAGAGCCACUCUUUGAGAGGUGGGCCCAGUUUACAGGCGAUACCCCCCUAUCUGAAAAUAUGCUAAACCAUCUCAGGAGGAACAAGGCCAAGUGGAAGAGUUUGCUCCACAAGCAACACAGCAGUAGCAGAAGCAAUGACCACUCAGGUCAAGUGACUGGCAGCCAAGAACAGACUUUAAAUGAAGAAGAGACUCCUUAGUGGCAGCUUUGCAUUUUUCCUGAUAGCACUGCUAUCUCUGUCUUGAUCACAGCAGCAAACAAAAUCCCGGGGAGCUAGGAGCCUGUUGUCAAGACCGUGGAAAGGGAAGAAAUGGCGAAGCAGAAGCUGUAAGGGUCCUCAUGAACAAGCCCGCGGUUCUGCUGGGUUCCUUUCUGGAUCUCCUUCACGUUCCUCUCCCCUCUCUUCGUUCUGCGCAUGUCUGAUGCCAUUCGUCACUUCUGAUCAUGAACUGCCUGAAUGCAGAGUCCCGGUCAGCAGUACUGAAGCCGGGCCGGUUACAGCUGCUGUGAAGCAGGGAGGAUUACUGAGAACAGUGGAGAUAGAGGCACUCUUGGUUAUAUAUUCAUUUACCACGAGUCAUACUGUGACAUAUGUAUAUAGGCCCAGAGCGCCAUACGCUUUCCAGGCUGGCAGCUGGGCUGCACAUUAAACCACCAGCAUCUUCAGCAUCCAGAGGACACUGGCUGAGUGAGACAGCGCUCACAGAGGGCAGAGAGAGUCUGAUUAUUUUAGUAAUUAAAACAAAAACCUUUUUAACUUUUGUAUUCUGUGCACUAAACAACAGAUCUAUAAACCUUGGACUGAAGUUACUCUCCACAUACGCAACUCCAGUGUAACAAGGCUCAUUUUGGUAAUCAUUUUUAUGCCACUUUGGAUAAAAGACGGGCAUCUUCUCAUUGCAAGGAACAGUAUUCCCUCGCAAACGAAAGGGAAGGUGUUGUACAGUCUAAACCUUUGAAACGUGAACAGAUCUAUCUUUUGAGUACUGUUUCAAGUAACAUGUUUAUAUUCAUAUGUGUACAUUUUCUGUAAAUACAAAGCGCUACUGAUUCCCAUGCCAAAAUACUGGAGUACUGUGGGAUUGCUACCUGUAAAAACAUUGGCACUGUGAACAGAAUACUGUUAGUUUUAAUACAAGAGAAAGCAUUUGUAAAUAUGGUAUAGAGUUUAUUAAUAUACACCAUUGUUUGUGGAUAAAAGCCUUAACUUUUAGCAUCCUUCAUCUUCUGAUAGCUGCCAAAAUCAUAUGAUCACAAGAUAUGAUUCUGAACUGCCUUUCCACUAUCCAAGGUGUAUCAAAGGUCAUUAAGGAAUGAAGUCUGGCAGGAUAACUUCUUGAAAACUUCAAACACAUUCCAUAUGGGUCCGUGUUGUUAAUCCAUGGCACCUUGCACAUUUGGUCUAGGCAAAUGCUUCACAGAGCCUGAAGUUUAAGCUCAAAAAAAUAAAACCCACAGCAACACCACAUAAUUUGACAGUUCAAUCUGAUUACCAUUUAUUCAAGAGUGUGAUUUUUUAUUAAAUAGCUUAGUGAUCUACAAAGCACGACAUUCUAAUAGUUCUGGAGUCCAAUUGUUUUCUCGAGUGAUGUUGCAGUGUAGCUGAUUUUUUCCCCACAUUCCCUCCUUAGAUAGGCAGCAUCAAAAUGCAUUUGUAUUUUUCUUUUCAUUUAAAAAAAAAAAAUACUUCAACUGACUUCUAGAUCAGUCUCACUCAAUGAAGGAAAAAAAAAAUGCAUUGUAGUCAGACUGUUAAGAAAAAUCCUCUUAACUACCAUAGUAGCCGAGGACUUUUCUAUGGUCUCGUGUUUGUGAAAGAUACAUGGCCUUAUCUAUGCCAUAAACAACCUCAGAUAGUUCAGAUAGUCUUCAGAAAACUUUACUUAAGCUUCCAUCAUUUCAAUGAGAUUGUAUUCUCAGACACUACUGCAUUGCACCAAAGCGAUUGUCCCCUUCUCCUCUGCCCCCAGAAAAAUUAAUUGCAUUCAGGUAUAGCAUUGUUGUAAACCCCCAGUACAUCAAAUCUGUAUAGCUGUUUUCCAAAAGAACUAGCAGAUAUGGCCAUAUAAUCAUGUUUGGACAUGAAUACCUUGGAGAGGCCAACAAAAAAAGAGCUAUUUAAGUUGGUGUUUGAGAAAGAUAAUAUUUACUCAUAAAGAUGCAAGGGGAGAUAUAAUAGAAUUUUUCUCAAUUACAGGGAAUAUUGACUUGAUUAGACAAAGUCUUCAUGAUCAUAAGGUGACUAAUAUGUUUAAAGGAAAAUAAAAAGCAUAAGUUUUAGUAAAGGAUGUUUUACUCUACUAAUUCAGUGGACAUGUAUCUUCAGAGAAAGAGACUGAAACCCAGUGAAGUGGGAAGGUGGAAAUCACUAUGAGAACACAAAGCAUCCUGAGAAUGAUGUUUUUCUUCUCCUCUACUGUUUUGUAAGCUAUAACCAGUAGAAAACAUUCUUCUUCCUCCCUCUUCUAAAUGGGAUUCACACAUUAGAAGUACCAUAACAAGCAAAGAGAGAGAGAGAGUUGUAGUAGAAUAAAAUUAUUUCUAACUAUAGGACAUAAAUGUCUUUUUAACCACCUGAUGGUGGGGGCGGGAGCAUCACCACUUUGCAGCUUUUUAGGUGUAUCUUUCCUUCUCCUGACAGAUUCAGGACAAUUAUUAGGACAUUAAGCAAGCAGUGUAAUGUGCUGCUUAGAAGCACUUAAGUACAUACAAAAGGAUAUAAUUUCCGUUGUUUUGUCCUUUUACUAAGAAAUGGAAGCCAUUUUCCAUCUAGUUCAAAGAAUUUUUUUAAAAUGUUCUGAAGUUUACUUAAACAAACCCGGUGCCUAGUGGCAUAAAAAGCUCUUGACACAGGUACAUGGUUGAGCUGUUUCUGAGGAGCUUCCAGAAAAUAGGUCCAACAGGAAAGCUUAGGUACAAAUCAAGUUCUGUUACAGCUACAAUAAAACCAAGACCUUGUCUGUAAUUAGAGCCUACGGGGUCCAUUACAAGUCUGCUCUUACCAAGUUAAAACUUCCCAACUUUGAAAAGCUGCUCUUAAAAUGAACAGGUUGUGGGGUUUUUUGGUGCACUGAACAUACUUGCUAGAUUUCAAUCACCUUGUCUCAUGAAACAAUGCUUGAAACAGGUUCAGGGUGGCUUCAGAAAUGCUUCUGUACUCGUGAGCCAAACCCGUUACACAAGAUUGGGUCUGGGCCAGUUUGCCUCAGGUGCUCUAGACAACAGUGCGCUGAAAAGUUAGGCUCUGGCAGCCAGAUUCGCUGGGGUCUGUAAUGCAAAAUGCUACCAUUUGAUUUCCCAUAGAGGAAGCCAAACUGUACCCGACACAGCCAACCCAACAGCACCAGUGCUCGGAGGACAUUUCUGUACUGGGAUUUCUCCCCAGGAUGCCAACAGAAUGCUAGAUGCACAGAA